AUGCCACGUAAGCUACGUAAGAAUAUACGUAAGAGGAAGAGAGCAUUGAAACAUCCAAUAGUAAAACUGACACCACAACAACAGUUGCAACAACAAAUGCUGAAUGACCCCACUAUGUUGCAACAAAUGUCAAGCAAUCCUAUGCUUUUAAACCGAGUUGUUGGUGCACAGAGUGGAGGUUUAAGAGCGGCACUUUUAGCGAAAAUGGCAGGCUAUGGUGGAGCUGCAGACGGAACAGCCUAUAACCCUCAAAGUCAAAUGAAUUUGAGUUCACUCAAAAAUCAAAUAACAGAUGUCAAAAAGUCAAACAUAGACAUACAGAAGCAAAUAAGUGAAAACGAAAAGAAACUAGAAUAUGACAGACACACAAAGAAACUCAAUGAGUUAAACGUAGAGAAAAAGAAGAAAGAAGAACAACUGAAAGAACUAAGUACAGAGGAAUAUGCGAAAAAAGUGUCAGAAAAAGCAGCAGAAGUAGCAAAAAUGGAACAAGAUGUUGUAAAUUUGAAAAACCAUACUACUCGAUAUAAAGUACUGAAAGAUGAAGAGAUAAAACAAAAAGCCCUGAAGACAUAUAUGGAUAGCGAUGAGUAUAAAAAAGAAGUUGAAGCAAAUGUAAAGGCAGAAAAACUUUUACAGUUGCAAAACCAAACCGUACAGUAUGAAAACUUAGCACAAGAAAGUAAAAAUAACGACGCAGCCAUGCAAAAGGCAAUGAAAAGCGCAGAAUAUAUAAAAGCUAACAAUGACUGGUUAGAUGCCCAAGCCAACGCUAAAGCAGCCCAGCUUAUAGGGUCAAUAAGGACAAAAAUACAAGCGGAUGAAGAUA